AUGGGAAAAGUCUCUCGCGCCAUUGCGGCCCUUCUCCUGGGUACGCAGGUCGCCAUCUCCACACCGCUUCAUCCCCGGCUCAACACAAAUGAACUUGCACAGCGCAACACAUCAGCGACCGCAGGCGACAACGUCAUCAGUGUGUUUAUUGUUGAAUUCGCGAACGAGAAUGAGACUCUAUCGUCCUUUUACGCGUCUCUCGAGGCCAACGGCGUGCACGCCAAACACCGGAUGGACCUGAGCUUCCGUUUGUUCAAAGGCUGUUCGUUCCAAGUCACCGGUUCCAGCGCAAAUUCAACCGUUUCUGAUAGCAGGAGCUUCUUAAGCAAACUUCAGGCCGUGCCACAGAUCGGGAAAGUAUGGCCUUCCGAAAUCAUAAGGCGUUCACCACGUCCAGAGGAUGUUACAGCAUCUACUCAGAAUACACGCGUCAAGCGACAAACACAACAAGAGGAUACCUUCUCUCCGCAUGUCAUGACACAGGUUGACAAGCUUCAUAACGAAGGUAUAACAGGGAAGGGAUUUCGCAUCUCCGUUGUUGACAGCGGCGUCGACUGGACACACGAAGCACUUGGUGGCUGCUUUGGCCCAGGCUGUCUCAUUGAAGCUGGCUACGACUUCAUAGGCGACAACUACGUGCCUGGUUCAACACUGCCGCAGCCUGACAGCGAUCCAAUGGACAAUUGCGUAGGACAUGGGACUCACGUCGCAGGUAUUAUUGUGGCUCAGUCUAAGGGCAACAAGUACGGCUUUACCGGUUCUGCUCCUGGUGCAAAGCUUGGCAUGUAUCGCAUGUGGGGAUGCCCAGGGCAGUCCACGAACGAGAUUGAGUUUGCGGCAUUUGCUCGUGCUGUUGAGGAAGGUGCGGAUAUCAUUUCAUACUCUAAUGGCGAGGAGUCUGGAUGGUCGCAGAAUUUCCGCGCCAUCCUCGUCAGUCGCAUUGUCGACUCUGGUAUUCCAGUUGUGGUCUCCGAAGGCAACGCAGGUGGCAAGGGACUCUUUUAUGCCAGCACGCCAGCGACUGCUGUCAGCGCUACAGGGGCUGGAGCGGUGACGAAUUCCAUGUUCCCUACAUUUCUCCAGCAGGGCUCCUACAAGGUCGGCGCCAAUUCCACGGACAAUAGCAUGACUGAUUUCGGCUUGUUGAUGGGCACUCCUCCGUUCGCAGCUGAAACCACUCUCCCACUGUGGUAUGCUAGCAACGCCUGCAGCCCGUUGCCAGACGAUACACCGGAUCUGAAAAAUCGUAUCGUGCUUGUGGAGUUUUUGGAUGCAAAAGCAACAGGAUGCUACCCGCAAGAUCAGGGUACCAACAUUGCGGCAAAGGGCGGACGCUUCAUGGUCUACUAUGAAAAGACCAACUCGACGAUGCGUGACGACCCGUUUGUCUAUUCAGACGGUAUCGAAGGAGUAGCCAGGGUUGUCCCGUAUCACGCUGAACGUUGGAUUUCUCUACUUUCGCAAGACACUACCGUCACGGUAACGAUGCCCGCCAACGGAUCUGCUACUCACCUCGAGCAGCUGGAGAACAAUGAUAACGGCGGAUAUGUCUCAGGCUUGUUGAGCACUUGGGGCCCAAGUUGGGAGCUCAACAUGACACCUCAGCUCGUGGCACCCGGAGAAAACAUUCUGGGCACAUGGCCAACAGCUAUGGGUAGCUACCGCGUCUUGACUGGCACGAGUAUGUCGUCGCCACUGAUUGCAGGUGUCUACGCACUGCUUGGUCAAGUGUAUGGCAAAAUCGAUGAGAAGCGUUUCCGCAGGAUGCUUACGCAUACCGCCAAGCCACUCGCCUGGCAAGACGGCAAGACGGUACACCCUGACAUCCUCGCCCCAGUUCCGCAACAAGGCGCUGGAAUCGUACAAGCAUGGAACGCCGCUCAUACUACCAUCGAGCUCGAUGUCGAUAGUCUCAUGCUUAACGAUACGGAGCACUUUGUCGGCACUCACACCUUCAGCAUCUCCAACACCGGCUCCACUGACGAAGUGUUAAAGAUGGGCCACAGAAAGGCCGUCACCAUGUACACCAUGAGACCUAAUACUGAUAAUUUGAACCUCGGUGGCUUCCCCAACGCUAUCGUCGAUUCGUACGCUAGCAUUGCCUUCUCGUCCGACAGCAUCACGAUUCCCGCAGGCAAGUCCGCCGAAGUUACCGUAACGAUCACGCCACCCACCGGCGUCAAUGCUACCUUGCUGGCUGUAUACAGUGGAUUCAUUGGUUUGGGUGACAAACUUACACUUCCAUACAUGGGCGUUGUCGGCAACAUGCGUGACGUGCCCGUCAUCAGAUCCGAUAAUACCUUCCUCGCACAAGGCUACGGUCCCGUAGCUGCAAACACCACUUACACGAUUCCACGACCAGACCCAGCGAACCCGCCUGCUACUGACAGCGGCAGCGAACAGAACGAUCCAAACGUAUACAUCAGUCCGAUAGUUGGAAUGAGCUUGGUACACAUUGACGUUUUGCAAGGGAAUGUGGUAUUGGGAGAGUUGGCGGGAUGGCCACGAAUGCAUCUGGGCAGAGAUGAGGCCCGUGGUUGGUUCAAUGGUUUGUUGGCCGAUGGAACAGUGUUGGACGCGGGGGUGUAUAAGAUGAGAGUCAGGGCGUUGAGGAUUUUUGGAGAUGAGAAGCGCAAGGAAGAUUGGGAUGUGAUCGAGACUGUCGAGUUUGGGAUCAAAUAUUAAUUUAGCCGAUGAUGCUGUGGCUCUUCAAAAUUCAAUAUAAUGUAUAGUCAUCGCUU